CAUGAUUGCACUGUCACUUAGCAGACCGGAUAGAGUUCAUUUUAAGGUAAAAUACAAAUUAUACAAAACAUUAUACGAAAUUCGAAGUACUUUUUACAAGAAAAAUGUUCUACUGUGAACAAAAACUCAGUGCAAUAUUAUUGUGCCUGGUGAUUAUCGAAUUUAGAGAGAUUUUAGAAAUUGGAAACAAAGAACUGCAACAUGAUGUCAAAAAUUAUUCAGGUUCGUGUCUUGAUAGUCUACAGAAAUCGAAGGUCAGUCAGAUAUUGUCAUCCAGUCCAAAUAAUGUAUUCAAAAAACGUUUUGAAUUUGGAAAAAAUGGCAAUAUUUCACUGGAACCGGAAACUUUCAAAAUAAGGACUGCGCAUAUGAAACAGAAAAGGGAGCAUGAUUGUUCGGAACAAAAUGUUGAUGCACUACGUUACAUAUUUCUCAAUGGCUGGAAAUACAAAUUGUCAGAAUUCAUUUCUUUGAAAAUAUUCAAUGACAAAAAUACUACAAGGUCAUUAUUUAACAAAUGCUUCAGAUCUACCAUUCCACAUAUAGUUGCUUUAACAACUCUUGUUUUAUAUUCAGUGUUUUCCUGUCUAAAGUCGGGUUUUGCUCCAAGCUCUGAACCCGAAAUCAAACCUCAAAAGUCAUACUAUUCUGUAUUUGAGUUUAGAUGCAAGCCAUUUUUGGAAUUAACGGUUUAUUACUUUUCACUGAAAAAGUAUUUGAAUGAAAUAGAUCGGAAAAGUGAUAAAAAUAUUGGACGUAUGAAUCAUGAAUGGGCUAGGUACGAAUCAUUCAAAACAUUUCCAGAGGAAAGCGCAGUCUCAUCUUUGCGACUAGCACAAGCUGGUUUUUAUUUCUCGGGGAAAGGAGAAGAGGCUGUUUGCUUUUUCUGUGGGUUAAGCAAUGGAAAAUGGACAAACAAGGAAUCUGUUAUUGAAUUACAUAAACGACUCUCACCAAAAUGUAAGUUUAUAAAUGGAGAGAGAACUGAAAAUGUUCCAAUUCAUGGAAAUGGGGAAUCAGAACAAAACUAUGGUGGUGCAUGUGGAGGUCCUGAGGAUUUUUCUGAAAACAAUACGACCAGGGAAACAGAGCAAAUAGAACAUAUACAAUACAGUAGCGAAAUAACUAGAACAAGAAAUGAAGUGUCACAGCAAACGGAGCAAAAUUUAGAACAAACAAACACAACUACUGGUAACACUUACCAGAACACUCUGGAAAAUGAAAGGCAUUCCAUACUUCAGAAUGGAUCUUCUGGGCAGUAUUCGGAAUACCGUCCACCAGAAGAGAUUAAGCGUUUCCCUGGAAUAACAAACGAACAACCAAAGCAUCCCGAUUAUGCUACCAGGAGCGUAAGACUGUCAUCGUUUUCGCAAUGGCAACUGGGUCACGUGAUGAAACCGGAAGAUUUAGCAGAAGCAGGAUUUUUCUUUUGUGGUACGUUAUUGUUUCCCAAAAUCUGUCAUGCUUUUAAACAACUAUGGCACACGGAUAAACUUCUAUUAUCGACAAAUCUUUUAUGUGUUUUAUUAUACAUGCCAGCUAAUUAUGUCAAGAUAAUGAUAAAUUAAACUUAAUACUAUU